UUGGUGUUUAUUUAAAAAUUUAUAUGAAAAUAGAAGCUUUAGGAAAUAUAUUACCGCCGUUGUUUAUGUAUAUUCAAAAUUUGACUAAUUUCUGACGCUAUUUACUAUGAAUGAAGUUAUACUACGGAAACUAUGGGUGAUAAAAUUUUGUUUGAAAGUUAUAUAUCCAAAGUUCAACUAUCAUGCUUUUCUUGUGUAUAUGGCGAUAAAGUAUAGAAUUUGGUAUCAAAAGAAACGUCAUUUAAAGGGCAUGAAUAUCUUCAAAAUUAAAACCUUGCCUACUUAUAUUCAACGCUUACUUAUCCGAGAUCAAGUAGAAUAUAAUCUACCCAUUGUUCUGCAUAAAUGUCUUAUAAUAUCCAAGGAAGAUUUUAUUCAGCUUUGUAGUGAAAAUCUUUUUUAUACAGAUAAUGGAGUAUUAUGGUUAGCUCUAAAAUUAACACCAAUGAUGAGAAAAAAAUAUGAAAUUAAAAAUGGUAAUGAUAAGAAGUCAAUUAAGCCUUAAUUUUGUAACUUCUGAAAUUCACAAAAAAUUAUGGAGUGGACGCACCGAAAAUAACUUGGAAAAUAUCAGGAUAGUACCAAUAAUAGGAUCUAAACUGGUGAAAGAAGAUACUGCAUUUACAACUGAACAAGAACACAGCAAUAUUAUGGCAACUUUUGGUUUGAGUAAUAAUGAUGAUAUUCAGAUUUCAUUUCACCCUGUUCCUUCUUUUCAAUGCUCACCAAAAAUUGCAGCUGCAGCAGAAGUCAGCCUUGUAGUCAAUGAAUAUGAUGUAUGUAAUGAUUUUGUCAAAGAAGUAUUAAGUAACCAUUUUGAAUUGCCUAGGCUUAUAAGCACUAAUGACAUUUUUAGCAUAGACCUUACACCAAAUAUUACAGCCAAAUAUCACUACAAAUAUUUAGAUUUAGUAGAGAAUACAGCAAAACUUUAUUUUAAAUGUACAAAAAUUUCUGAUAGUGAAGAGAUUAAUGAUAGAGAAUUAAAUAAUGUGAUAAAACCAUAUUUCAUAGUCAAAGGUGUGACUCAGUUGAAUUUAGGUGAAAAUAUGCAUAUGAUCAAACCUAAAGAUGAAUAUCUAACUCCAAAAGAAAUAUUUAAUAUGAACAUGCAUCUACUAAGUUUAUGCCCAACUGGCUUAAAACAAAAAUUUGACCAGAUGCAAGAAGCUAUUUUACCAUUUUUGACUGGUGACAUAAAUGAAUUGUCUGCAUCAUUAACAUGUCCUAUUAUACCAAUGUUGUUACUGACCGGAUUAAGUGGAUCUGGAAGACAUACAUUGGUCAAGAUUUUAGCAAAAUACAAUGGUAUGAAUUAUAUGCCAGUGGAUUGUAAUGCCCUACAAAGCUCUACUGCCAAACAAACAGAGAGUAAAAUUAACUCAACUGUACAAAAAUCUAAAACUUCUGCUCCAGUCAUUGUACUGUUGGAUAAUUUUGAAGUGUUUGCUGUUGAUCCAGAAAAUAAUGAAGAUUGCAGAUUGGUGGAGUACUUUAUCAACAUUAUAACAGAUUUAUAUCAAAAUUACAAUAAACACCCAAUCAUAUUUAUUGCUGUAACUGAAAACCAAGAUUUAAAGCCCAAUGUCCUAAGAUUAUUCUUAGAGAAAAUACAUAUACCAAAAUUGAACUCGCAACAGAGAUAUGAAAUGCUGCAGUGGUUCACAUCUGUCAUGCAGCUCAGUAUAGAUGGGGAGCCAUACAUAAACAAAUGUAAUGAAUUGAUUGAGAUCAAUGAUGCUGAUGAGAUCAUCUUUAAUAAACAUUGUAGAAAUGUUUUGCAGAGGGUGGCAGCAAAAACAGAAACUUUUAUGUAUGGUGAUUUAGACACUCUCAUCCAUUUCGCUAUGAGAGAAUCAUACUUGAAACAACAAAGCAGUUAUAUUCAGUUAAGACCGAACCCUGAUUUACGACAUAUUAGAGAAGAAGAUUUUACUUUGGCUCUAGAGUCUAUAAGGAGUUUACAAAGUCAACAUUUAGAUGCCCCUAAAAUACCUAAAGUGUAUUGGGAAGAUAUUGGAGGGUUAGAAAAAUUAAAAAAAGAACUUCUGAAAACAAUAGAAUUUCCAAUUAAAUAUCCUCAUUUAUUUAAAAAUUCUUCACUUAAGAGAUCAGGUAUUUUGUUAUACGGCCCACCAGGUUGUGGUAAGACAUUGGUAGCAAAGGCAGUAAGCACAGAACUCAAUGUGAGUUUCUUAAGUGUGAAAGGCCCUGAACUCUUAAAUAUGUACAUUGGACAAUCAGAAGAAAAUGUUAGAAAAGUAUUCGAAUCUGCGCGCGCGUCCUCACCUUGUAUAGUGUUUCUGGACGAGUUGGACGCUCUAGCGCCGCGUCGGGGUGCAGCCGGGGACUCUGGCGGGGCCAGCGACCGCGUCGUAAGCCAACUGUUGGCAGAAGUCGAUGGGGUUGCCAGUGGGGACGAAGCAGAUAGUUCGAGUUUCGUGUUUAUAAUGGGCGCGACUAAUAGACCAGACUUAUUGGAGCAUUCACUGUUGAGACCAGGGCGUCUCGACAAACUGAUUUACGUGGGGCCUUACUGCGGCCUUUACGAGAAGACCUCUGUGCUUAAGGCGUUAUGUCGGAAUUACAAGAUGACCGAGGAAGUGCGCCUUGAAGAUAUAGCGGCUUCGUUACCCGAGCGAUGUACUGGCGCUGAUUUGCUCGCUGUAAUAGAUACAGCGCGAGCCGCCGCCGUUAGAGCCCUAGUACACAACUUGCAAGCAGGUCUAGUAAAAGAAAGUGAGUUCAGUCAGGAUUCUGUGAUACUUGGUGUACCAGAGUUACGGCAAGGAGUGGAGUCCUUUCGUCCAUCGGUAACGGAUGAAGAACUAGCGUAUUAUGAAUCCUUACAAACUCAAAUGUAAUAAAUAAUAAUCGGGUGAUAGGUGCAAAUAACAGCCAAAUAAAUUAAAUUAUACAAACA